AUGUCGACCUCCUUGAGACAGUGCAUUCGGGAGGUGAGCGUAUACCUCAUCCUCUUGGUCUUCAUCUCGACUCUUGGACCCCUCCAAUUCGGAUAUCACCUGGCCGAGCUCAACGCGCCGCAAGAUGUCGUCACCUGCCAAAAGAAGUCCAUCGGAGUCGCUCUCCUAGCGAGAGCCGCCAACUGGUUCGCCUCCGUCAAGCCCUCGCAUAACAAGCAGGCCAGCUCCCAAUCACCCUGGUUCCCCGACUGUAUCCCCAUGUCCGAUGCCACCUUCGCGACCAUAUCCUCCGUCUUCACCAUUGGCGGUCUCAUCGGAGCCCUCUCCGCCGGCCCGAUAUCGUCGAAGAAAGGUCGCCUCCCUGCUAUGCGGUUGACGGCUCUGUCCUAUUUCAUUGGUUCUCUUCUCGAAACCGUUGCCGGGGGCGUUUUCGUACUGGGCUCGGGACGCUUUAUUACGGGCCUUGGAGCUGGUGCUUCGACCGUGAUUGUUCCGCUUUAUAUUAGCGAGGUCGCACCACCCAAGGAGCGCGGCAUCUUUGGUGCCAUGACGCAAGUCUCCAUCAAUGUCGGCAUUCUGGCUACUCAGACGCUGGGUUACUUCCUGAGCUACGGAAACGCUUGGAGAUGGAUCCUUGCUAUCGGCUUGUUCCUGUCGACGGCUCAGGCGUUCGGUUUGGUGAUAGUCCCUGAGAGCCCGGCUUGGCUUGCGGCUCAUGGAAAGAGUGCCAAGGCGAGGAAGACGCUGCAGCGCAUUCGAGGCAAGACCUUUGAUAUCAGCGAGGAGGUAGAGGGUUGGGCCAAGGAUGACAACGACGAUGAUGAUGUGGCGGCGGCUGAGGAUGCACGCCUGCUCAGUCAAGCUGGCUCGGAUCUUCCAACUACACCUACGAUUGGCAGCAGACUUGCUGGGGGUCCUGUAGGACAUCUGGGCUUCAUUCAGGUCGUCCGGGACCCGCUCUACAGACCCGCCAUCAUCGCAUGUGUAGGAAUCAUGUUCGCCCAGCAACUCUGCGGCAUCAACUCCAUCAUUGUGUAUUCAGUAUCGCUGCUUGCCGACUUGCUCCCCAUAAGCUCAGCCCUACUAACUAUUGCCAUUUCCUGCGUCAACCUCUUUAUGACCAUCGUCUGCUCCCCGCUCCCCGACCGCAUCGGCCGCAAGACCUGCCUCCUCAUCUCCAUCAUCGGCCAAGGAUCUAGUUCCCUAGCCCUAGCCCUCUCGAUCACCUUUGGCGCCAAGAUCCUCUCAGCGCUUGCCGUGCUCUUCUUUGUCGGCUUCUUCGCCGUCGGCCUCGGCCCCGUGCCCUUCAUCAUGGCGUCGGAGCUCGUGGGGCAGGAGGCCGUGGGCGCCACGCAGUCGUGGUGCCUCGCGUCCAAUUACACGGCGACUUUCUUGGUUGUGCAGUUCUUCCCCAUUGUCAACAAUUGGCUGAAUGGCUGGUUGGGUGGCGCGGGGUGGGUCUACUUUGUCUUUGCAGGGUUUGCCCUGGGUUCGGCGGUGUUUGUAUCUUGGAGGGUGCCGGAGACGUUGGGGAGAAAGGAUGCUGAUGAGGUUUGGGGCAGGACCAGGAGGAUUGACUGA